AUGGACCUUCCUGGUGAGGAGAAUGGAGAAGAUCAACUUGAAAACAGAGUUCAGGAGUCUAUGGCACAUGUGCAGAUAGAUGGUGAAGAACAUGCCUCUGUAGGAAGGAAAAACCUAGAAGUUCAGUUUGCUUGCACACCACUUGCUCAAGCCAAUUCUCUUUGGACCACUGAUGCUAAAGGCGCGGUGAGACUGAGAAUAGAAGAAGGAUGCCCAGAGGAACCGGUUACCGUUCACCAAAUGUUUAAAGCCUCUGUUGAGAAAUAUGGAAACAUGUACGCACUGGCCAGCAAGAAGGACAACAAAUGGGAAAAGAUAACUUUCUCAGAGUAUUAUCAAUUCUGCCGGAGAGCAGCCAAGAGCUUUAUAAAGCUUGGUCUAGAACGAUUCCAUGGAGUGGCGAUACUAGGAUUCAAUUCAGCAGAAUGGUUCUUCUCUUCAGUCGGUACCAUCAUGGCAGGGGGGAUAAUGACAGGAAUUUAUGCAACUAACUCACCAGAAGCUUGCCAGUAUGUUGCAAGUGACUCCAAAGCCAACAUUAUUGUGGUAGAAAACCAGAAGCAAUUGGAUAAAAUCCUGCAGAUACGUGACAGGCUGCCCCAUUUGAAAGCCAUAGUGCAGUUCAGUGGAAACCCCCAGCAGAGGAUCCCAAACCUUUACUCCUGGGAGGACUUCAUGGAUCUGGGUCUAGAUGUUUCUGAGGAUGAGCUGGAUGACAUCAUUGACAGCCAGAGAGCCAACCAAUGCUGCAUCCUGAUCUACACCUCUGGCACCACGGGCAAGCCCAAGGGAGUUAUGCUCAGUCAUGACAAUAUCACAUGGACGGCCAAUCAUGCCAGCAGGGUGGGGGAGAUGCAGCCAGCUGACACCCAACAGGAGUCACUGGUGAGCUACCUGCCUCUCAGCCACAUCGCCGCUCAGAUCUAUGAUAUGUGGACGGGCAUCCAGUGGGCUGAGCUGGUAUACUUUGCACAGCCAGAUGCCCUAAAGGGAAGCCUGAUAACAACUCUGCAAGAAGUUUGUCCUACAUCUCACAUGGGUGUCCCACGAGUAUGGGAGAAAAUGAUGGAGAAAAUAAAACAGGCAAUAAGUGAGUGUGGAUAUGUGAAAAAGAAACUGGUGACAUGGGCAAUGUCAGUCAGCCUGGAAGCCAAUCAAAAGUGUACACAAAUGGAUGAUGACAAACCUUUCCUGUUCACACUGGCCGACAGCCUUGUGCUUCAGAGGCUUAGGACUGAGCUGGGUCUGUCUUGCUGUCAGAAGUUCUUCUCCGGAGCAGCACCGAUCAGUAGUGAAACGGUGCAGUUUUUCCUGGGCCUGAACAUCAGGUUGUAUGAGGCAUAUGGCAUGAGUGAGAGCACAGGACCUCACUUUAUGUCAGGUCCCAGAGCUUACAAACUACCAAGCUGCGGCAAGGUGGUGCCUGGCUGUAGAUACAAAAUGGUCGACAUGGACUCUGAGGGGACAGGGGAAAUUUGCUUUUGGGGACGUAACAUUUUCAUGGGUUUCCUCAACAUGGAAGACCAAACAAGAGAAGCAUUGGACGAAGAUGGAUGGUUGCAUUCUGGAGACUUGGGCAAGAUCGACGAAGAGGGUUUCUUGUACAUCACAGGGAGAAUAAAAGAGCUGAUCAUCACAGCUGGAGGGGAGAACAUUCCCCCUCUUUCCAUAGAGGAAAAAGUGAAAAAGGAGCUACCUAUCAUCAGCAACGCCAUGCUCAUUGGGGACAAGAGGAAGUUCUUGACAAUGCUUUUAACACUCAAGUGUUGUAGCGAUACAGAAACCAUGGAGCCAACGGAGGAGCUGAGUGGUGAGGCUGUGCAGCUUUGCCGACAACUGGGCAGCCAAGCAACCACGGUGUCUGACAUCAUCGAGGGGAAAGACAAAGAAGUGUACCGGACCAUUCAAGAAGCGAUCAACAGAGUAAACUCGACAGCCACCUCUAACGCCCAAUGCAUACAGAAGUGGGCUAUCCUGAGAAAGGACUUCUCUGUUUCUGGAGGAGAGCUGGGUCCCACAAUGAAGCUCCGUCGCCCUGUUGUGUUGAAGAUGUACCAGAAGGUCAUAGAGAGCCUCUAUCAAGAGUAG